CGUCAGUAGAGGUGCAACUGAGCCGAGAGAAAGUCAUGCCGCCAACAGGAAUCUUCUGCAUCCUCGCCCUCGCGGCCGUCUCCACAGCGCAGACCGUGCCAUCCUUCUCGGCCGGUGUGGUUGUGGGAAGGAUCGAUGACACAGAGUUGGACGAGGCGUCCAGCCUGGCGGCCAGCCGGAAGUUCCCAGGAAUAUUGUACACACACAACGACCAUGGCGACGUUGCCCGGCUCUUCGCCAUCAACGCUUCCACCGCUAUGGUUGAAGCCGUGCUGAAUAUCAGCCCCGCGACGCAUCACGACUGGGAGGCGAUGGAGGUGGGCCCGUGCGGCCCGAAUGACAUGAACUCAUGCAUCUACAUCCUGGACGACGGCGAGUACCGCAACGAAGACUCACGCACCAUCUACAAGCUUCCGGAGCCCGACACCAUGAUGUCACAGACCCUAGCGCCUCAGGCAGUACUGUACUACAACUGGACGGAACACGGUGCAGACACGUUAAUGAUCGACCCAGACGCGAAACUGUACAUCAUCAGCACCAUCCUGGGUGGACGUGGCAUGAUCAUCACUGUCGACCCCGCCUUCUUUGGCAACGAUAUAAAUAAUCCCGUGUUUUUGGACUCCGGGGACUACUUUUCCAUUGAGUCCACACACCACGACCCGAGUGACGGAAGCAUAUCAGUGGAUGGACAAGAAAUACUGGUCAAGAUUCGGGAGGAGAUCUACUACUGGGCUACUCCAAAAGACGGUGACAUUUCAGCGGCCCUUACACACAAAGGAGUCCAGGUGCCGUACACGGUUGAGAGGCUGGGUGAGGGGAUAUGCUGGGCGGCGGACGGGAGCGCCUACUACACUCUCGGGGAAGGGACACAUGCCCCUCUAUACAGAUACGACCGCGUUAACACAGGCGUCGUCGGAUAAAGACCCAUCUCCAUCGUGAACGUACGUGUGGUAUGACCAUCACCGGAAGAAAACGUUGAUCAAUACCUAUACUAGUAUUCUGACAAGUUACUGCAUUUUGUGUUACAUCUUGUUUGUCUAUGGACAUAAAUUGAUUUAUGCCGGACAAAAUAAAAUAUGUGUUUUUCGA